AUGACUCCGGCACUGACUACCAAAAACGACCUCACGGAAGUGGAUGCGGAUUUUAUAUUGCUCGGAUUCGUCGCCUUCGUUCUGUGAGUCGUAUCAGCUGUUCGUAUCAACGUUUAUCACUUUCAGAUUCGUCGUUUUCUGCUACACAAUGAUCCGCAGAUUUGUCUUCAAGAUGAACUGGACCGAGUCUGCGCAACUGUACCCCAACAAAAUCGAGGAAGAGCCGAAUGAUGCCGCCACCGAGUUCUCGUGCGAACGCGUGGUCUCUCAUGGAGAGACGGUUCCACACAAACCGACCGUCGUUAGAUUCCAAGUCGAUGGGGAGGUGGUCAAUAUCGAUGAGAGCUAAAUUUAUCACUUUCCAAAAAUAAAUUAAUUGUUGCGAUGAUCGUUUUUACAAAGAAACAUUUCGUCGGCAACGAUUUGCAAAAACUAUUUUCGAACAGACAUCGCAUUCUCUGAUGUGAGCUGAUAGACAGAGCUGCUCAAGAUGCCGGGGAGAGGAAACUAUUAUUUUUUCCUACAUGUCCAAUAUCUCACGUUUCGUCGCUCCAACAUUCGAAAGGGACAAGCCGAAAAAUGCAUUUUAUGCGCUUUUUUUGUGAAGGCAAAAAGUAAUUGUGAACGAAUUACUUUUAUGAGAAUGGACGCUCGGAUUGACCCGGCUCACUCCUUUCUUAGUCUCUGACGUUUCGUAUGAGGACUACAAUAUUAUUAUACUUUUUGGCAACCCUUUCAAUUGUCGUAGCGCAUGUAGGAGUUCGGAUGGAAAAGAUUGUAACUGUUUCCGAUGUCAGUCAGAUUUCCAUAAACAAUUUUAGGGAAAACCUGAACGCGACCGUUCCUUCUCAGCAAUCGCCUCUCUAGACAGAUAUGUCAAAUUUGUGACGAGGGACUUUCUGUGGACUUGGUCGAUCUGCCACGUUUAUCGACAUGUCAUUGUAACCUGAUUAGUUGUGUUACUUGCUAAACCCAAAUAAACCGUUUCCCUCUACCAUAGAGACUGUUCGAAUAUUCCCACAGUUGUGUUUAUGACAUGCGCACCACGAAGAAGAGAACACGGGUCGACCUUUCGAAUGAUGCGGAGAGGGUGGCACCGACUCGCCGAUUUGUUUAGAAUAACUAGCGGUCGGCUCCAAAAGAACAUGCAGACGGUGCCGACUGUCCGCUCGCUGGAUCGUUAAAUGUCGGACGGGCUUUCCGCGCGUUGAUGAUGUAUACAAUCGGCUUUCUUAGAUGGUUCAUCAUCACAUUACAUUCGGAGGGUGAACAGAGACAAACUCUUCGGCUUCGGUUUCUGAAUGAUUGUCUCAUUCUGUCACCAAGUACAAGUAAAAGACAAUCAGUGCCUGUGAAAGCAACAAGAACGAAAAGCGCGUGCAAACUUUCAAUUUUCGGAAGAACAAUGCUUUCCGUUGCCAACACUUUUCUUCCUUCUCUGCUGCUACUGAUAGGUACUACUCUCAUUUCCACUAUUUCCUUCAACAUUCCUCGUAUUCAAAUUAAGAGAAAAGUCCGAACGAGUACGGCCUAAUGUCCUUGGUCUUUCUUCCCCCCAAUAUUUUGGCAACAUUCCACCCACUGCCUUGUCGAUCCCCAGACACAUUCCUCUCCCGUCCAAAAGCUCAGUCAGUGUCCUUGAAAUCUUUUCUCAAUUAUAUCUUGCAAUUUUCUGUCUGUCUCUGCCAAAACUUUUCAAAAAUGAGGAAAAAGAGAGAAACAUCUGCCUACCGAGAGAGGGAAAGAGGCAGGAGAAGUCAGGCCCGCCCUCUUCCCUCUCCGGCCGUUCUGUCAAAACAGUCGGCCCCAUUCAGCCCGCCACCACACGCGCGCUUUGACGGUCUUCCUUCCCGCUCUGCCCAGCCACUUCUGCGCCUUCCGCACUUCGAACCAACCGACAUGAUCCAAUCCGACCCGCCGGUAAGUGACUGUGCCCUCUCUUUCCCCUCCGGAAAUCAUUUUGGCUCCCUCUCUUCUCUAUCAUCAUUGAUAAUUGAUUUUCCAGGUCUUCAAGGAGCUGCUCAAUCUGCUCCCGCCAGCAGACAGCACCCCGGCCGCCAACGCAUUCGUCGUCUCCGACAUGAUUUCGUACACCAUCAUCGCCGGCCUGUGCUUCCUGCUCCUCAUCAUUUGUAGCCUCAUUUCGUUCUUCUUCGUGCCGGCUCACCACUGGCUCGUCAACAAUUGCUUCCUGAAAGUGGACGCUGCUGACCAAGCCGAGGACGCAGUUGAGGUCGCAGAAUGCUCCUGGGGAGCCCCGGAGGUCGAGGAGUUCGUCGAGAGACUUCAGAAGCUCGCUGAUCCGCACGACAACGACAUCCCGCGUGAGGACGACCCCCUGCCACCGGUCUAA